GCCUCCGCAGUGGAGCAGACAAAGGCUCUCAAAUCUCUACUUCACAGAUCUAAAGCUUCCGUCUUUUCUCUCGACAAAAUCCUCUCUAGUCCGUAACCCACACUACCAAGCUCUCUUUUUUCCUCUCUCUGCGUGUUUGUUUUGUUGAAGAAAUAGGAUUAGAGCUAACGAAAGAAACAAUAAAACCAAUUACAGUGGUUUAGUGGGGCUUACCUUUUCAUCUUCUUUUUCUGUGUUUGCAAAUUAGGGUUUUUGGUGGGUGUUUUUUAUUGUUUUUUUUUAAUCUUUGCCUUUUUUGAGGAUCUGGAUUAAUCAUAAUUUAGAUAGGAGCGAGGAACUUUGUGGGGGGUUUUAGGUAGAUUAGAUCGUGGUCCGGUGCAUGCUCUUGCUGUGAGGUAAGAGCAAGAAAUGGCUACUCCUUAUCCAGGAGCUGUUCAGGUAGGAUCAUACUUCGUGGGGCAGUACUAUCAGGUGCUACAACAGCAGCCAGAUCUCGUUCACCAGUUUUACUCCGAUGCCAGCACCAUGAUUCGGGUUGACGGGGAUUCCAGCGAAUCUGCCUCGGCCAUGCUGCAAAUUCACACAAUGGUCAUGUCACUAAAUUUUGCUGCAAUUGAGAUCAAAACUAUUAAUUCUCUUGAAUCUUGGAAUGGAGGUGUUCUGGUGAUGGUUUCCGGCUCUGUUAAAACCAAGGAUUUCAGUGCCAGAAGGAAAUUUGUGCAGAGUUUUUUCCUUGCUCCUCAGGAGAAGGGUUACUUUGUUCUGAAUGAUAUCUUUCAGUUCAUUGAUGAUGGAACAUUUUUUCAACAUCCAGCUCCCCUGUUAUCAGACAACAAACUUGACGCCCAGAUAAAUGCUUCUAGUCCUCUCUCAGAACCACAAGUUUCUGACUAUGUAUUGGAGGAAGAAGCAAGGGACUAUGUGAACUCGGUUCAUAUAGAAGAUGAUCCUGUUGACAAGUAUAGUUUAUCCGAGUCUCCACAGCAAGAGGACCUCAAGGCUGAAAUUGUGGUGGAGGAAACUCCUGCAGAAGAGGCCUCUGCUUCUCAUCAGACUACAGUGACUGUGCAAGAACCCCCAGUUGCUGCUGUGGAGGAACCUGUGGCGGAGCUUACAAAGAGAACCUAUGCUUCUAUUCUACGAGUUGCUAAGGAACCGUCAACACCAGCUAUUUCUACUCAGACAUCAUUUAGCAAGAGUGCUCCAACUACUUCAGAAUGGAACUAUGCACCCCAGCCCCCUGCUCAACAGUUAAGCUAUGCAUCAUCUUAUGUGCCUGAAUCUGGAGCUGAGGUGACAGAGGAUGGCUCAGGAUUGGAAGAAGGUGAAUUCAAAUCCGUUUAUGUAAGAAACUUGUCCUCUACAGUAACUGCUGCUGAAAUUGAGGAGGAAUUUAAGAACUUUGGUAGAAUCAAGCCUGAUGGUGUUUUCAUUAGAAACCGCAAGGAUGUUGUUGGCGUUUGUUAUGCUUUUGUUGAGUUUGAAGACAUGCUUGGUGUUCAAAAUGCUAUCAAGGCAUCUCCCAUAGAAUUGGCAGGAAGGCCAGUUUAUAUCGAGGAGCGGAGACCAAACAGCAGUGGCAUUCGAGGAGGAAGAAGGGGACGUGGUAGGGGUGGUUAUCCAACAGAGUCCCCAAGGGGACGAUUUGGUUCUCGUGGUUUGGGCAGGGGAGGGAACCAAGAAGGUGGUGAAUUCAGAUUGAGGGGUAAUGGUUUUCAGCAGCGUGGUUCACGAUAAGCUAUAAGUAUGCACGAGCUAAGUUUGCAAUGGGCAGAACUAUAAAUUAAGGAGCUUAACAGAAUUUUUCUUUGUCUGGGAAUGCUAGAAGGUUGCUGAUUCCUGAUUGAACACUUACCUGUUGAUGGCGUCAGGAAAAUGUAUGUGUACUCUUUUAGGUGUGUUAUUUAAGUGAAUGGGAGUGUUGAGGGACAAUUUUUGUUCUGUUUCCUCUGGUACAUAUAUCCUGCUUCUCCGCUUGAAUGGUUUUUAAUGUGCAAUUCAAGUGGGAAAUUUUUGGGAUUUUGUGUGAGGAAAAGUGACAAGACAAUCAUUGUGGUUGGAUAUGAAGUAACUUUUGUUUGAAUUCAUGUAUCUCUGUUUUCGA